GCCCCAGCCCGAGAGGAAGUUCUGCCGGGCGCUCUCCGCUGGUGCCUCCCUCGCUGUAUUGUUGAACAGGAAACCGGGUAGCGCGGGAGCUGGGCGGUGGAGGAGGGAGCCUCGGACGCCAAGCCCAUGCGCGCCUGCGGGACAAGUGGAGGCGAGGCCAGCGAGCGGACACCCUGAGCUCCUGCUCCCAGAGGUCUCUCCAGCCUAGCGCUUGGAAGCCCCGCCCAAGGACAUGGCAGGGACCUAACCUGCACCCAUUCUCCGGUUCCGCCCAUCCAGCCCAUGGGCUCCCUGAGACUCGCCCUGCCAACGGAAACGCCGCCGCCGCGAUGGCGGCGUCCGUCGAAGGGGACGUGUACGUGCUGGUGGAGCAUCCUUUCGAGUAUACCGGCAAGGACGGGCGCCGUGUCGCCAUCCAGCCCAACGAGCGCUACCGGCUGCUGCGCCGCAGCACCGAGCACUGGUGGCACGUCCGUAGCGAGCCUGGUGGCCGCCCCUUCUACCUCCCCGCUCAGUACGUGCGCGAGCUGCCGGCGCUCUGCGACCCUGCCACCGCCCCGGCUCCGCCCAUGCCCCACCAGGGCCCCGCAGCCCCGGAACCGCUCUCUUACAACUACUGUUUCGUGAGCGCGCCCGCGUCAGCGGGCCCCGACGGCGCGCCCAUCGGGCGCCGGGGCCGCGCGGGCUCCCUGUGCGGCCCUGCGCGGCGCGGCACCGCGACCCAGCACAGCAGCAUAGCGCCUGGCUUGCCGGCUUGCCUGUACACGAGGCCCGCGAAGCCCGUGCGGCCCGCGCAGUCACUGGACGACCUGGCGCGCUCCACCGCCACGCCCCCAGCCGGCCUCCUCGGGAGAGGGGGCCGCGCCAAGGCCUGCAGCGUGGCUGGCUCCUGGGUGUGCCCGCGCCCCCUGGCGCGCAGCGACUCCGAGAAUGUCCGCAAGGUUGCCCGGGACCCUCGCGGCUCGCCUCAGGAGGAGCGCCCGAAGCAGCGGGACGACCCCCCGGAGCCCGUGUACGCUAACGUAGAGAGGCAGCCCCUGGCCACCUCGCCCGCCGCCGCCGCGCCCCCCGGCCCUGGCCCGCUGUGGGAGACGCACACGGACGCCGACACCGGGCGCCCCUACUACUACAAUCCAGACACGGGCGUGACGACCUGGGAGUCGCCCUUCGAGGCUGCCGAGGGCGCCUCCAGCCCGGCCACCUCCCCGGCCUCAGUAGACAGCCGCGAGAGCUUCGAGACCGAGUGGGGCCAGUACUGGGAUGAGGACAGUCGCAAGGUGUUCUUCUACAACCCGCUGACGGGCGAGACUGUCUGGGAGGACGAGCCUGAGGACCAGCUGGAGAUGCAGCCGGGCCUGAGCCCCUGCAGCCCCAGUGACCAGAGGCCCCCCACCCCCGAGACCGACUACCCGGAGUUGCUGAGCAGUUACCCCGAGGAGGACUACUCCCCCGUGGGCUCCUUAAGUGAGCCGGGGCCCGCCUCUCCCUUGGCCACGCCCCCCGGGUGGUCUUGCCAUGUAGACCCAGAAGGGCAGACGCUGUACACCAACCACUUCACCCAAGAGCAGUGGGUGAGGUUGGAGGACCAAAACGGAAAGCCCUACUUCUACAAACCUGAUGAGGACUUGGUUCAGUGGGAGCUGCCCCAGAUCCCCAUCCCUGCCCCUCGAAGCUUCCGCAAGUCUCACAACCAGGACAGUGAGACCCCAGCCCAGGCCAGCCCCCCUGAGAAGAUCAAGACCUUGGAGAAGGCAGGUGUGCUCCAUCGAACCAAGACAGUGGACAAGGGGAAGCGGCUCCGGAAGAAGCACUGGAGUGCCUCCUGGACUGUGCUGGAAGGUGGCAUCCUGACAUUCUUCAAGGACUCAAAGGCCUCAGCUGCAGGCGGCCUGAGGCAGUCUUCCAAGCUCUCCAUCCCUGAGUACACAGUGGAGCUGAGGGGGGCCUCUCUUGCCUGGGCCCCCAAAGACAAAUCCAGCAAGAAGAAUGUGCUAGAGCUGCGGAGCCGAGAUGGCUCAGAGUACCUGAUCCAGCAUGACUCAGAGGCCAUCAUCAGCACCUGGCACAAGGCCAUUGGCCAGGGCAUCCAGGAGCUGUCCGCAGAUCUGCCCCCUGAGGAGGAAAGCGAGCACAGCAGUGUCGACUUCGGGUCCAGGGAGCGCCUGGGAAGCUGGCGGGAGGAUGAGGCCCGGUCCCAUGCAGCAGCAGCCUCUGCCCCAGGCCCUGGGGGCCUGGAGAGCGACUUGAGCAGGGUCCGGUACAAGCUCCGCAAGUUCCUGCUGAGGCGGCCCACGAUGCAGUCGCUGCGGGAGAAGGGCUACAUCAAAGACCAGGUGUUCGGCUGUGCACUGGCCGUGCUGUGUGAGCGCGAGAGGAGCACCGUGCCCAGCUUCGUGCAGCAGUGCAUCCGCACCGUCGAGGCCCGGGGACUGGACAUCGAUGGCCUGUACCGCAUCAGUGGAAACCUGGCCACCAUCCAGAAGCUGCGCUAUAAGGUGGACCACGAUGAGCGUCUGGACCUGGACGACGGGCGCUGGGAGGACGUCCACGUUAUCACCGGCGCCCUAAAGCUCUUCUUCCGGGAGCUGCCUGAGCCUCUCUUCCCCUUCUCGCAUUUCCCCCAGUUCAUCACCGCCAUCAAGCUGCAGGACCAGGCCCAGCGCAGCCGCUGUGUGCGAGACCUGGUGCACUCGCUGCCCGCACCCAACCACGACACGCUGCGGCUGCUCUUCCAGCACCUGUGCCGGGUGAUCGAGCAUGGUGAACAGAACCGUAUGUCCGUGCAGAGCGUGGCCAUAGUGUUUGGACCCACGCUGCUGCGGCCCGAGACGGAGGAAACCAGCAUGCCCAUGACCAUGGUGUUCCAGAACCAGGUGGUGGAGCUCAUCCUGCAGCAGUGCUCAGACAUCUUCCUGCCGCACUGACCGUGGGCCCCCACCGCCACUGCGCUGCCGGCACUGCGGACCUGGGACUGGGGCGGCAACCUGAGCUGGACGGCUGGAGGCCACGCGCGACUGGACUGUCUCUGAGACCCUCUGGCCCCCAUCAGCAAGCCGGUGUGAAUUCUGCACCCCUCGAUGCAGUAUGGUGACCCCUGGUGGACAGUUCGCAAAAUGUGAUUUUUCUUUUUUUUUCCUUUUUUUUUCUUCCGGCAUGUCCUGCUUGGGGGUUAAUUAGGUUCUGUUCUUUCUUACAGCACCGCCUACUGUGCAUGUGUGAGAAUGGGGUCGUGAGGGUUUGUGUACCUGGAUGGCCCGGGCUGGGAGGACUUCGGGAGGGGGCUUCCUGGCUUCUUCAGGCCUGCACCUGGUCAGGGACUUCAGGGAAACCCUGUGGGGCCCCAGCCCCGUGCCGGUCCUGAAGCAGCACCCGACAGCCUAACUGCUGUGGGAACAGGACUGAUCUGCUGCUCCAGAGCCGGCAGCUGAGCCGGCCUCGCCGCCUCGGCCUUGGCUGAAACACCCACGCAGCUCGCUUGCUGGCUGGCAGUGGACCAUUUUCAUUUGCUUUCCUCUUCCAGGCCUCUGCCCUCCCUGGUCCACUUGUGUUCUGUGCAAGGGUUCUUCAUACUCUCUGAAUGUGUACCCUGCACCUGCCACUUGCCAUGCACCAUUUCCACACACAAUCCUGUUUUACAGAUGAGGAAACUGAUGCUUGCAGAGGUAAAGUGACUUGUUCAGGGUCCAGCGGGUGAUCUGAGGGCCCAGCUCAGCCUCUUCUCACACCAGAGCACAGCUGCUUGUGAGAGGGAAAUCAGUCUUUCAGCUACCCCAGACCCCAUCCCACCCUAGCAGGGACUUACAGCUAAAGCAAAAGACAGCUGGGUAGGUUCUGUCCGAGGCUGUGGAGGUCCCUGCAGGCAAAGAGGGAAUCUGCCCCAGCUGUUCUCCUCUGAGGGGAAGGGAAGUAGCACAGGCAAGAGCCCCUAGCCCCUCCCAGCAUCCCGGUUAUCAAGUACAGCUACCGGUAUCCACAUUGCCUCCUUGUCUUAGUACCCUGCCUGGAGAGGCCUGCGGGGUGGCCCAAACUCUGGAAAGGAAGCAUGAACCCUGGGGUCAACAGCCCACUUCCCUUCAUACACAAAUCACCUCAGUUUAUGGGGCUCAGCCCCCUGCCCCACCCACCCACCCACCCAUUUAUUCAACAAAUAAUAGCUAAUAUUUAUUGACAUUUGCACCAUGCCAAGCAUUUUACUUGGAUCAUCUCAUUUGUCUCUCACAGCCAAUAUUUAUUAUCUGCUCUUCUGUGCCAGGCACGGGCUCUGGGGCAGGGGUACUGCACAUGCUGCCUCUCUGCUGGAGCUAAUGGUCCUGCAGACGAAGCUGGCCAAGCCCACCCCGAAAGCCAGCAGGGCUGGGGCAGGAGCACAAGUGGAGGCCUCACACCAAACGCUGAAAUAUUGUAAAGUUCUAAAUCAAGCUAACAACUGUUUAAUAAAGGAUGUUCUAUUCUCCUA